UCCGGCCCCCUCUCGGACCCCUUCCAGGCCCCAGGGGUCUCCACCCCAGCCUAACUCCAGGGCCCCAAAGAGGGGAGGGGCUGUGAUCCUGGGUCUGGAAGGGGCUGAGCUGUGAGCUAUAAAGGGGGCAUCUCUCAGCACUGGGGCACUCUAGGCAGCGUGACCUGAGGCCAGACAGGACUACUCCAUGUACCAUCCACGAGAGUUGUACCCCUCCCUGGGGACCGGCUACCGCCUAGGGCCUCCCCAGCCCGGAGCAGAUUCCAGCUUCCCGCCUGCCCUGGCAGAGGGCUACCGCUACCCCGAUCUGGACACGCCCAAACUGGAUUGCUUCCUCUCCGGGAUUGAGGCUGCUCCCCGAACUCUGGCUGCUCCCCCACCUCUACCCCCGCUGCCCCCAACCCUGGGCACUGAGCCGCCCCCUCCAGCCCCAGAGGGCCUUCAUCCACUCCCUGGAGUCAGCCUGAGCCUGGAGAACCGGGAGUUGUGGAAAGAGUUCAACUCCGUGGGAACAGAGAUGAUCAUCACCAAAGCUGGGAGGCGCAUGUUCCCUGCUUGCCGAGUAUCAGUCACUGGCCUGGACCCCGAGGCCCGCUACCUGUUUCUUCUGGAUGUGGUUCCGGUGGAUGGGGCUCGCUACCGCUGGCAGGGCCGGCGCUGGGAGCCCAGCGGCAAGGCAGAGCCCCGCCUGCCUGACCGCGUUUACAUUCAUCCUGACUCCCCUGCCACCGGUGCCCACUGGAUGCGGCAGCCUGUGUCUUUCCAUCGUGUCAAGCUCACCAACAGCACACUGGACCCCCAUGGCCACCUGAUCUUGCACUCCAUGCAUAAGUAUCAGCCCCGCAUACACCUGGUGCGGGCCGCCCAGCUUUGCAGCCAACACUGGGGGGGCGUUGCCUCCUUCCGCUUCCCCGAGACCAUGUUCAUCUCCGUGACAGCCUACCAGAACCCACGGAUCACACAACUGAAGAUUGCAGCCAACCCCUUUGCCAAGGGCUUCCGGGAGAAUGGCAGAAACUGUAAGAGGGAGCGAGACGCCCGUGUGAAGAGGAAACUGCGGGGCCCAGAGCCAGUAGCCACAGCGACCUACGGGAGUGGAGAUGCACCAGGUGGUCCCUGUGAUUCCACACUGGGUGGGGACGUUCGUGAGUCAGAUCCAGAGCAGGCCCCAGCGCCCGGGGAAGCUGCCCCAGCCCCAGCUCCUCCCUGUGGUGGCCCCAGUGCUGAGGCCUACCUUCUGCACCCUGCAGCUUUCCAUGGGGCCCCUGGUCACCUUCCAACCAGGAACCCCAGCUUCCCCGAGGCUCCAGACUCUGGGCGCCCAGCCCCCUACUCAGCCGCCUUCCUGGAGCUGCAGCCCGGGCCAGCAGGCUCAGGAUACCCAGCAGCGGCACCCUCAGCGUCCUUUGCCUCGCACUUCCUCCAAGGGGGCCCCUUCCCUCUGCCCUACCCUGGGCCUGGGGCUUACCUGGAUGUGGGCUCCAAACCAAUGUACUGAGCCUUUGCUAAGCCCCUCUGCCUCCCUCCUCGUCUUCCAUCACAAACCUCCAGUUCCCCUCCCCCAGGCCUGUUGCCCCCUCACUUCCACUGGCCCCAUCCCCCACACCAAAUGGCUGCCUCGGGCCUCCCCCACCCCACUUCACACUUUGAUUUCACUCCCACCCCCCUCUGGCUUCAAAGCUCUGGCUAAGCCGCUGGGAGUCCAGCUGGGGCCAGCUUCCCCUUCCCGGCUCUCACCUCAGUGUGAAUGGAGGGAGGCUCUGCCUGGCCAAAUGGGACCUGGGACCAGCACUCCCACCUCCCAGCCUCACCCUUGGGCCCGGCAAGUUCUACCCCGUCGCCCCGUGCAAGCCACGCCAGUCUC